GACUUUAGUCGAUAUUUUGAUGGCGGUGCUCAAGGUGUGCUCGCCCCCAGCGGAAAAACUCUUGUGAAAGUCUGUCGGGAAAAUCGGAAAACCGAAUACCGCGCGCAUGAUGUACUGCACCACCCGACUGCUCAGAUACAUUCUGUGUGUCAUCAGUGGCAUUUGUGCCCUAGGGGGCUGCCUGCUCAUCUGGUACGGCGCCUGGCUGCUGGACAGCCUCUCCGACCAGCAGAGGGCGAUGGGGAUGGACCACGGCGAGGACCUGGCCGCCGCACUCUGCAUCCUCCUCGGCGUGGUCAUCAUUGUGGCCAGCAUCUUCGGCGCGGUGGCCGUAGCCAAGGACUCCAGGACCCUCUUGAUCUGUUAUGCAGUUCUGUUGGUCUUACUCCUGAUCGUCCAGUUUGUAAUGUUCAGCAUUAGCUAUGCCGCCAGUCGGGACUCAUUGCCUGAUUCUCUGAGACAGGGCUUCGAUGAUCUGUGGGACUUGCAGCACGAGGGCAACAGCACCCUGAACAUAUACGAGGAGUGGCUCCACUGCUGUGGUAGAAACAGCGCCGAGGACUACUUGCACCUGGAGAAGGAGCCUCCGCCGAGCUGUUGUCUCGAUCAGGACUGCUCCAAGCUCUUGAAUCUCUACAUGUCCGGUUGCGAAAACAAGUUCAAGGAGUAUGUCAGUGGGAAGACCGCGAACUUCCACUCCCUGAGUUGGUUUCUCAUACUCUUUGAGUUCGCCGGAUCGGUGACCACCUGCUACCUGGUAGACAGCAUUCGCAAUCACCGCGACCGCAUACGAUUCUAUAAUUAAAUUAAGUGUUUAGUGUUCUGCACGAAAUGUAUUAUCGUUAUUUGUUGUGAGUAAUUUCCUAGCCAUAAGGCCCUGGCAGAUUGUGAUUGUAGUUUACGAUGAUGAUUAAUCAAGUUAGGCUACAGAUACCAAGUAUUUUAUGAAUGAAACUGUAAACUGGCGCCUACGCCCAGAAGUAAAAUCGAAACGAAAAUAAAUAAAUAAAAAGGCGCGUUGCCAUUGACUAAACUUUACAAGAAAUCUUCGGCCAUAAGAAAAAAAUAA